UAUUCUUCACGCAAAGCAGCUGACAGACCCUUAAAAAGGCUAAAAUGUGAAAAAAACAGUCUAGUAAAAUCAGAAUUAGAAGGAUUUACAUGUGGAAUUGAAAACCUUGCUGCAUCGGGGGAAACAUCUAAAACAUCUGAGGGGAAUCAAUGUUCAGAAGAUCCAGGAGACUGUAAUAUAAUUCAACAGAAAGAAGGUGAAAACGUUCCAGAGACAAAUGAAGACAAACAGGAAAAGGAACAUAAUGUUUCUCUCAAGCCACGUGCAGUGAAAUCAAGCAGUGCUCCAUCAAAAAUGGACAGUGCUGAAAAUCUGCACAAUCAUGCCUGCAGUGAAGAGGAGAGCAGCUGUGGGAGUGUACUUUCAGAUGGGUCUAGCUUGGAGGAUGGAGAUCUCCCGAAGAAGCCGAUACAACUAGACAGUAGUGCUUUCUUGGAUGAAGACAGCAACCAGCCAAUGCCAGUGGACCGGUUCUUUGGGGAUGUCGAGUUUAUACAGGAUCUCCCAGCAGUUGCACUCCCAAGCACAACAAUGAGCAGGCGAGAAUUCAGAAAGCUACAUUUCAUUGCAAAGGAAGAUGAGGAGGAAGAGGAUGUUGUCUAA